GAACAAAAUUUAGAAAAUAGGAAGAAAGAACAAAACCAAAAAAAAAAAACCAGAUUUUUUGGUUCUCUGUUUUUAUUAUCCUCUGUUUCUUGACAGUCUUGACAGAGUUUUUCAUCACACAAAAGAUUCAAAUUAUUUAUUCCUUCUUUUUUUUGGUUUUUCAAGAUUUGGGUGUUCAUGUUUACUGUAAAGAAAUUCAUAUUUUGAAUUGGUUCUGUAAAAAUCUUUAGAUUUUUUUAUUCAACGGCUCGUUUUUGUUAGAAAAAAAUGGCAACAGAGACGAAUUUACAAGUCUCUGUAAAAUCUAUUUUCGAAGAUGUUCUUCAACAGCAAGGAGCUCGAUCAUGCAACAUUUAUUUGGAUUCGAGAAAAUCCGAUGAAUCUUCUUUAAGAAGAUAUGAAGCUGCUGGGUGGCUGAGAAGAACAGUUGGAGUGGUUGGGGGAAAAGAUUUACCAGCUGAACCUUCUGAGGAAGAAUUUAUGCACGGAUUGCGAAGUGGCAUAAUCCUUUGCAAUGUUCUUAACAAGGUUCAACCUGGAUCAGUGCCGAAGGUAGUUGAAGGAGCUUGUGAUUCUGUUAUUCUUUCUGAUGGGGCUGCUUUCUCAGCAUAUCAGUACUUUGAAAAUGUGAGAAACUUCCGUGUAGCUAUUCAAGAAAUGGGGCUUCCAACUUUUGAGACCUCUGAUUUGGAACAGGGUGGGAAAUCUUCAAGGGUAGUGAACUGUGUUCUAGCAUUAAAGUCGUACAGUGAAUGGAAACAAAGUGGUGGAAUUGGUACAUGGAAAUACUCUGCAAAUUCAAAACCCGCAGGUUUCGGGAUAGCCAAGUCCUUCUCAAGAAAAAGAAGUGAAUCCAUGAAUUCCAGUUUUAGUGAGAAAUCUUUGGAUAGCUUUUGUAGUGACCAAUCAGACUCCAUUGAAGCAGGCUCUGUAAGUUCUUUUGGGAUUCUAGUUCGUGCAGCUCUUUCGGAUAAGAAACAGGAAGAGAUUCCAAUGAUUGUGGAAUCUAUGAUCAAUAAACUAUCGGAAGAGUUGGAGAGUCGCUUGGCAACCCACAAGGAGCUGAUUAAAAUUACUGCAAAAGCUAUGGAGGAAUCAGCGACUGGUCAUUCUCUUUCGCAAACAGCUUCAUGUGAUGACAAGGCUGAAGGGGUUGAAGUAAAGGCCUCCUCAGCUGAGGAAAUGGUUGGAGAUGAAUCAUCAUCAAUCGAGUCAGAAAGAAAGGAACUUUACGAUUACAAGUCCGAUGCUAAUGAAGAACCGAUGCAACAUGUUUUGAAACUGCAUGCAUUGGUUGAACGAAAACGACGAGAUAUUCAGGAACUGAAGCAUUGUCUUUGUUCAACAAAAACCUGUAUGCAAGUUCUGCAGAUGACAUACCAAGAAGAUGUUUUCAAUCUAGGUAAACGCUUAUGUAGUCUUGCUAAUGCGGCUUCGGGAUAUCAAAGAGUUCUGGAAGAAAACCGAAAGUUAUACAACCAAGUGCAGGACUUGAAAGGGAAUAUAAGAGUGUACUGCAGGGUAAGGCCGUUCAAGCCCGGGCAAUCCAACACUUUAAGUUCAGUAGAUCACAUGGAUGAAAGAACUAUAACAAUUCUUACACAUUCGAAAAAUGGAAAAGAAGCAAGGAAAGCAUUCACUUUUAACAAAGUAUUCGGCCCAUCUGUAACCCAAGCUGAGGUUUUCUCCGACAUGCAACCUUUGGUUCGAUCUGUUCUCGAUGGUUAUAAUGUUUGUAUAUUUGCUUAUGGCCAAACUGGAUCAGGGAAGACUCACACAAUGACAGGCCCGAAGGAGCUUACCGAAGAAGGUUUAGGUGUAAACUACAGGGCAUUGAGUGAUCUAUUUCAUAUCUCAAACCAGAGGAAAGAAACCAUUUCCUAUGAUAUUUCAGUACAAAUGCUUGAAAUUUACAAUGAGCAAGUCAGGGAUCUCCUUUCAGCUGAUGGACUCCUACCUACAUUAGAAAUCCGAAACAGCUCGCACAAUGGGAUUAAUGUACCUGAUGCCAACCUUGUGCCUGUAUCAUUAACGUCCGAUGUCAUAAAUUUGAUGAACAUUGGGCAUAAAAACCGUUCAGUUUGCUCCACGGCAUUAAAUGACCGAAGUAGUCGAUCUCACAGCUGCUUGACAGUUCAUGUACAAGGAAGGGACCUCACUUCGGGGAACAUUCUUCGGGGCUCUAUGCAUCUGGUUGACCUUGCAGGAAGUGAAAGGGUGGAUAAAUCUGAGGUGGUCGGGAAUAGAUUAAAAGAAGCGCAACACAUCAACAAAUCUCUUUCGGCUUUAGGAGAUGUGAUCUCUUCUCUUGCAUCAAGAAGUUCACAUGUUCCUUACAGAAACAGUAAACUUACUCAAUUGCUCCAAGAUUCACUGGGAGGACAAGCCAAGACACUGAUGUUUGUUCACAUUGCUCCCGAGUAUGAAGCUCUUGGAGAAACAAUCAGUACCCUUAAAUUUGCAGAAAGGGUUGCCACCGUCGAGCUUGGUGCUGCUAAAGUGAACAAAGAUAGCGGAGAAGUGAAAGAGCUUAAAGAACAGAUAGCUAGUCUUAAAGCAGCCUUAGCUAGAAAGGAAGGAGAUCCUGAGAACCUGCCUGGUAGUCCAGAAAGAAAUAGAUCAAAGCUUGGAUCAUCCCCUUCUCUUCUUAAAUGGAAGAGCUUAAGUGAUCUGUCUUGCAGCACCGUUAACACUGAGUAUGAGUCUUCAUCGACGUCUAGAAGAGACAGUUUGGAGUCUCGAGAGACGUUAGUGAAUCCAUCGCAUUGGCAACCUCUUGGCAGUCCACUUUCUUCAAGUUUUACGAACGAAGAUGACAGAGAUUCGGAGGCAUCCGGUGAUUGGGUGGAUAAAGUCAUGGUGAACAAGCAUGACAACAUGUCAACAAGGCCGGGUAAGGAAGUAAGCAAUGGCCAAAAACUGUCUGACAAGUUCUAUCAGAGUUAUAUUCCUGAUCCUACAAAGAUAUACCCUGAACAUAGCUUGAACAAAAUGACUACAAACAAAAAGGGCAACCAAGACUUUGAUGAUGACUCCGAUCGUGAAUCUGUAACCAGUGAUUGUUCGGAAUCAGAUUCGGUUUCAUCCAGCAUUCCUAAAAUCACGAGUAGUCCGAACAUGUUUGCAUCUAAACAGAAGAAACCGCAACCCAAGACGACAGCAAAGAGCACCGAAAUCAGGAGUUCAAUUCCGUCACUAAUACCUUCGCCAUCAUCAAUGCGCAAAUCUCCCAGUGGAGUGAAUCUGAAUUUGCAAAAGGGAAAACGGAAAACCGGACUUAGCAAGUGAUAUAAACUAAAAUGAUGAGAAGGAACUAAGCUUCCUCAUUGUUUCUUCUUUGUGUGUUAUCGCUUUUGUUGUGUAUCUAUGGAUUAGUUGCAGUGAGGAGAGGUUCACUCACAGGUAUGAAAUUAGAGGCAAAAAUUUCCAGUGUUUAGUGGUGGUAAAAAUCAUAUAUGAUGAUCCGUUUUCUUUAUUUGUGUUUGCUCAAAUGGGUGUGGACUUUGGGAAAUCUUUGCCUUUUCCCCCCUUCAAAUUGCACUUCAUUGUAUAUAUAAGAACAGAAGGGAAGAUUUGUAUUAUAUUCGGUACAUAUUUUCUCUCAUUAUUUUGGUUGUAUACAACUAUUUGAUUAUCACAAA